AUCGUCAAAGCAUUAUACAGUUGUAUAAUCAUAAAAGAGCUCUGAUCUUUAUGUUGAUUCUGCAACAGGGAAAGCGUUUAUAACACACCAGUGCAGCAUACAGGCCAAAUGUUUCUUUUACGUGUUUGCUGUACUACAGCAAGAGGUUUUGUAAACAGAAGUUUGAUUUUAGAGUCGACUUUUACAGCAUGUCAAAGGACAGCAGGAUAUGCAUCUGGUGGGGUGGCCAAAGAUAAGGAACCUUUAAAGAAAGCGAAAACACCCCAAGGACGCUUUGACAUGGACGAAACUGAGUCAAAAUCUAAAGAUGCCCUUGAAAGAUUUCCAGAUGAUGUGAAUCCAGAAACUAAGGAAAAAGGUGGUCCCAAAGGCCCCGAACCAACACGAUAUGGUGACUGGGAGAGAAAGGGUCGUUGUAUUGAUUUUUAGGUCACUGUGUUAAAAAUAUCCAAAAUUAAUAAUUUAAACAUUUGAAUUUGAUUUAUCACUGUUCUGAGAUACAAAAAGAAAUGAAAUAAGAAAGGGUGGAUCUCUCUCCUUUAAUGGUAUCAGCCUAUUAGUAUUGGAGUACUACUUAAACUGUAAACUUUAGACUGUUCAGUCUUCAAUGGGCAAUUUGAGAAAACUCAAAAUUGUGACUUUAUUUGUAAUUAUGGCAAUCUAUUUUUUUCCUAUUGGAAAUAGGGCACAGUAUAGUAUGUGCACAGCCUGUCUGGUUUGUUCAAAGAAUAAAUCUAUUAAAUCAUAAUAGAUUUUUUUAGGCUUUGUAAGAGGCUACAGGACAUCUUAUUUCUAUCUCUUUUCUAUUUCUAUCUAUCAUGUCAUCAAUCAUCUUUGUUUUGUCAACAAAAUACGAAUAAAAGUUUUUUGUUGUAACUCUAAUAGUUAUGAAUUCUUCAUCUUUUUAGUGUUUCAUCAGACUUUAAUCUGGAAGGAAUACAGAGGAGAGGUUGUACCAUAUCAGCCUUAAUGCAGAUAGGGGUUAA